AUGCAGACCUCAGAUCAUGUGUGUGAUCUACCUCUAGCUGAGAGUUACCGAGCACUGCUUUAUGACCCCAAAAUGGUUCAAAAAUAUCCAUACAACCAAGAUCAUGAAGUGACAAGAGAAUGCGAGCUUCCACUGAUAGACUUGAGCGGUCUGAGGAGCAGUGAUGGAGAAGAGAGACGGGUUUGCAUAGAAGCCAUAGGCAAGGCAUCCUCAGAGUGGGGCUUCUUUCAGGUGCUAAACCAUGGGAUCAGUAAUGAACUCCUAGGAGAGAUGAGAAGAGAGCAAAUGAAGCUAUUCAGGCUACCUUUUGAGAAAAAGGUCAGCUCCAGGCUACUGAAUGACUGUUACAGAUGGGGAAAUCCAACAGCCAUUUCUCUGAAACAGUUCUCCUGGUCAGAAGCCUUUCAUGUUCCUCUUGCAAAGAUUUCAGAUGAAAACUGCUGUUAUGGAGAAUUUAGUUCUCUGAGGGAGGUCAUGGAGAAGCUUGCGGCUGCAAUGUCGGAGCUUGCUCACACACUAGCUGGUGUGCUAGCCCAGAAUUUGGGGUACAACAGGCAUGGAUUUCCAGAAAACUGCAACAAGAGCACAUGCUUCCUUCGCCUGAAUCGAUAUCCCCCAUGUCCCUUCUCGCAAAAAGCCUUUGGUUUGAUGCCUCACACCGACAGUGACUUCCUUACUAUCCUUUAUCAAGAUCAGGUUGGAGGACUGCAACUGAUGAAGGAUUCUGAAUGGGUCGCUGUCAGACCAAAUCCAGAUGCACUAUUUGUCAACAUUGGAGACCUCUUUCAGGCAUGGAGCAAUGACAUUUACAAAAGCGUGGAGCACAAGGUGGUGGCCAAUGGGAAGAGGGAGAGGUAUUCCAUAGCCUACUUCUUCUGCCCAUCAUAUGAUUCGACCAUAGGGAGCUGCAAGGAGCCCUCCCUGUACAAGAGCUUCACCUUCGGAGAAUUCAGGAAGCAAGUGCAAGAGGAUGUCAAGAGAUGUGGACAAAAAGUAGGCCUGCCCAGAUUCCUCCUAUAG